AUGGGCUGUUGUGCUCCGGCUGGGACCACGGGCAGUGCGUGUGUGGCAAGUGUGUGUGUGCCUCAGGCUGGACAGGCAGUGCAUGUGACUGCCCUGCCACCAACGACACUUGUAUACCGCCCGAGGGUGGGAAGAUCUGCAGGUGGUCGGGGAAUCUGCGUGUGCGGCACGUGCAUGUGUGACCAGGAUGACAAGGGUGGUUUCUACGGCGGCAGCUACUGCAACAAGUGCUCGACCUGCCCGAACAGGUGUAAGGAGUUCAAGGAGUGUGUUCAGUGUCUGGUGUUCAAGACAGGGUCUAUCACGCCUGAGGAGUGUAUCGCUAACUGUACCUUUGAGUUGACUGUUAUGGAUGUUGUAGAAG